AUGUCCAAGCUAUUCAUUGGCGGCCUUGCCUGGCACACCGAUGAUGCCACCCUCCGCACCAAGUUUGACGAGUUCGGCACCCAGGGCGAGGCCAACCAAACGAUCGAAAACAUGAACAACGUCGAGUUCGAUGGCCGAACCAUCCGCGUUGACAAGGCUUCCGAGCGGUCCAGCAGAGGCGGAGGCGGAGGGGGAUACUCCCGUGGCGGUGGAGGAGGUGGCUAUGGCGGAGGCCGUGGGGGUGGAGGCUACGGCGGCGGAGGUAGCUAUAGAGCAGGAUACGGUGGACGCUUCGGCGGAGGCGGCGGAUAUGGCGGCGGUGCCGGCAACUAG